AUGGCUCUCACAAAGUUUUUCAGCGGUUAUUUUCAUGUAUUUACUGUAUUAUGCAUAUUAAACUUAUGGGUUGCUCGUGUGUGUGAAGGGUCAAGAGCUGAAUUUGUCACCUGCGGUACAAUUUUAAAGUUAAUUAACACAGACUUAAAACUGCGGCUUCAUUCACAUGAUGUAAAGUAUGGGUCUGGUUCGGGGCAACAGUCUGUUACAGCGGUGGAUGUUUCCGAUGACCAUAACAGUCAUUGGUCAGUUCGAGCAGCUAUGGGUGAAACAUGCAAACGAGGAGCUCCGAUAAAAUGCAACACUAAAAUAAGACUGCAACAUGUUGGUACUAAGAAGAACUUGCACUCGCAUUACUUCUCGUCACCACUUUCUGGCAAUCAAGAGGUAUCUUGCUACGGUGAUGAAGAUGGCGAAGGAGACAGCGGAGACAACUGGACAGUUGUUUGUAAUAAUGAUUAUUGGAGACGGGACACUCCGGUCAAGUUUAGACAUGUUGAUACCUCUGCAUACCUGGCUGGUUCCGGCAGGACUUUUGGUAGACCAAUUAGCGGCCAAGGGGAGGUGGUUGGUGUUAGCUCUCAGUAUGGUGCUUAUACUGACUGGCAGGCCCAGGAAGGACUUUUUGUUCAUCCGAGUGAUGCUCUACCACAUCAACAACAAGCAAUCCAUACAGAAUUGUAA